CACAGUUAGUCGUGGCAUCAAAUGGAUGGAACAACAGUCAAUGACUGUGAACUAACAGUAAAACGCCUAUCUUCCGUUUCUGGUGGCCCUUCACAGUCAUGCUUUUCGUGCUCGCCUUGACGAGAUUCGGAGCAGAUGCUAGUAAAACACAUUGUUUCUGCUCAACGUCUGCGUGCUCAUUGACAUUGAGUGGAACCUGAUCUCUCAAUUAUUCUGGAACCGAUUGUUUUUGAAGGCAAACGACCCUGGCUCAUAGUGCUUGUCUCCAGUGCCAUAGCUUGACCGAAUCGAAACAAAUGCAUCAUCCUCGUGGUGUUGUACUUUCCGGUUCCAGGCAGACCGGCUUGAUCGUAUAUGCUUGAAAGGACUCUCUCCAUCGUUCGUCGUUGGGAUAUCAUGGGGCAUAUAGAGCACCUCCAUGACGACACGAUUUGUCUCCUCCCUGUGUUCUCGCUUCCACCGCCAUUCGCUCGACAGAAAUCCGAUUCGUCGUCCACGGGUGCCGUGGCCUCACCGUACGGAAGCAGUGACCAGAACGAUGGUGACGCAGACGAAGAAAGUAAUGCGGUGGAUGACGAUACCAGUGUAACCACAUUUCGGAGCCUGUCAUGUGAACAAGACAAGCCCCGACGGCUCAAGUACCCCCCUUCUCGUGUUCGGCCCCGGAACAAAUACGCUAUGCCCAUCGCGGCAACAUCACCCAUACUUACGGCGCUUUCAACACCAGGAGCGUUCUCCAUGUCGUCCGAGAAGGAACCGCGAUUUAAGCCAUAUCCGGAACAACACAGAGUCUCGCGGUUCUCAUUGCGACCAUGCAAACUGCCACACCACGGACACCGCGAUUCGUCACCAAAAGCCCGUAUCGCACCCCGUAGUGUACGGUCUCGUCCCGCAGUCUCUGAUUUCGCUCGGUUUGCUGGCUGCGUUGGGGACUCCUUUGCCCGGCUAGUUCUAGCCGAAAUGACGAAAUCGUCGAAUUCUGCGCAUACAUUAGCCCAACACUCCAAGGACGAAUACGGAAAGUUCACUCGAGAGAUUGAAUUCGUUGAGCGACUCACAGUCAGUGCUUCACACAAACGAAAUAAGUUAAGUCGGCGUCCACAGCAUUCGAAUAGAGCGGGCGUACAUUUCGCCCAUCCUGUGGUCACGAUGGUUCGGUACCGACCGAAAACCACCCAAAAGGAUAUCACAAAACUUUAUUUCUUUCGAGAUGAAGUAGACGGUUUGGAGCGGGACCGAGAAACAACACCUGCAGACGCCUUUGAAUGCAUUGCCAACUUUCGGAAUUCUCUGCUUGUCGGCGUUUCCAUCGCUCAUCAAGUUUAUCAAGUAUCGUGAUCGCAAAGAAUCAAUCCAGGUGCAAUGUGCUCCUCCCAUCGAAUAAAAAGCAACAAGAACAAUAAAUACUCCGGUGCAUUUCGUCACGAAAUGUGAAACAUUUCUAGUGCCAGGACGACUGUACUAGCUAGAACGAUUCCAGAUCUAUCACCAUCUCUUCAGUAGAUUACCAAGGCAAGUCAUUUCGCUAUUUUCAAACUCUUGAGAACGAUCCCGGUACCGACCAAAAACCUACCUAGAGCACUGCGUCCCUUGGGAUUUGGAAACAGGCCGGUGAGGUACAAAGGCGUCAUAAAAUGUCCGCUUAACGUGAAGCUGCGCUGGAAGAUGACGCCGCUGCCUUUGGCAACCAGAUCUUUGACGUUGAAGCGUAGUGGAAGUCCUUCUUCUGUUGCACUCCGUUGCAAUCAAAUGCCAGCAUUCCGUCGGAUCACAUCUAGAAUAUACGUUUGGCGGGUAAUCUCUUUUGCUGGAAUGAACGUGCAUUCCAGCUUCUCCUUGCUACCUUCUUUCUCAAAAGCCAA